CUCCAGCCUUAUCUCCUGGCCUUGUGGGCAGCUAUAAGGAAGGCAGCCAGGGGAGGCUUCAGCCUUUUUUCUCAGCCUCAGACAGCAGGAUGAAGCUCCUUGUGUUGGCAGCUCUGCUCACAGUGACUGCUGGGAGGCCCAGCUCCAAAGCAAAGGCGCUGUGGCAGUUCCGCAAGAUGAUCAAGUGCAUGAUCCCUGACAGUAACCCCCUGUUGGACUACAAUGACUAUGGCUGCUACUGUGGCUUGGGGGGGUCAGGAACCCCGGUGGAUGAACUGGACAGGUGCUGCGAGACCCAUGACCACUGCUACGACCAAGCCAAGAAGCUGGACAGCUGUUUAUUCCUCCUGGGCAACCCCUACACCAACAGCUACUCUUACUCAUGCUCAGACAAGGAGAUCACCUGCAGCAGCAAAAACGGCGCCUGCGACGCCUUCAUCUGUGACUGCGACCGCAACGCCGCCAUCUGCUUUUCAAAGGCGCCCUACAACGAAGAGUACAAGAACCUGGACACCAAGAAGUAUUGCAAAAACUGAGCGUCCCCUCUGAAAGGAGCCCACGCCCCUGCUUCGUGGCCUUGGUGCUCCACUGAGCCCCCAAUAAAGCCCCUGUUGAAAGG